AUAAAGCUAUGGAGGCUCAAGCUCCGCAGAUAGACAACAGGUUGGAUUUUCUGGGAAGUUACGUACAAAAAACGUUAAAAUUGAAGCCGGAAAAAUGGAGUCGUAUGAUGAAUACGGAAGAACACAAGUCCGUGGUAAAAAAGUUUUUAGAACGACCACAACCGGUGCUUCUCGUUAUUAUUUUGACUCAAACUGCGCAGUUAAUAGCUACAAAUGGAUUUCCGUUGCCACAAUUAAAAACUAAAGGUGUGUAUUUUGUUAAAAAAGGGCCUGUUCCAGUGUCAAAAGUAACUCCCGGUGAUACAGUAAUUCCAGGAGAUCUAUCACCAAAAGUUGUUGAUCAAUUAGCUUCAUUGGUAGAAGAAAUUUUAGUACCACUACUAUCAAAUCCUGAAAAUCACAAGGGAUGGCCAGCCGUAAUAGCUAAGGACGUCCACAGACACGUCCACAGUUUAAAAAGCACGGUAUACCAAGUAAAAGGGCAAGUUAGCGGACAAACUGUCCUACCAAUGCCUGUAGGCGUCGAUAGAAUUUUCGAAGUUGAAAGAAUUCUAAUGGAAAGCAAUGGAGAAAUUUGUGAUUUGUACCUGAAGAGUGCCAUAGAAGCCGUUGUUAUAAAAUGGUCAACGCAGAUAAACGAUGUUUUAGAUAAUAAUUCCACGGAGAAGAAUCCAUCUAUUGUAAAUCCUGUACCAACUAUUGGUAAUUUUUUUGUUUUUUUAUGUUAAGAAUUGUAAGAUUCGAACCUGCAAUACCGUGCU